AUGAGUGGCUUCCAAUUUCCACCACCGCCGCCGCCACCUCCGAAGGCUYCGUGGACGCCGGAGAAUCAAUAUCAACAAUCCGAAACUUCAGGCCGAGGCCGUGGCAGAGGAAGAGGACGAGGGCAAGCCAGAGGAUCCGACAACGGAAACAGAGGUCGCGGUGGACGAGGCGGAAAUAAUGUAUUUCAAUCACAAAAUGUACAGUCCAAUCCUCCAAUCCGUCAACAGCCGGUACCUUCUUUCCAUGGACUUCCACCAGGAGCCUACAUCAACCCUGCAUUUCAAGGAAAUGUGAACCUUCCGAGCCUUGGACAAAACCAGCUCAGAAAUACUACUCCGACUCCAUCGAGAACGUUGGCCGGCCACAAACGCAAACUCGAUGCACUCCGAGGCUCGCCUCCCCUGCAGACUGAGACGAAGACAGCAGACACUCCAACGGCUCCUUCUGUGCCCAGCUUUGGUGCUCCUAUCGGUCUACGCCAGGCCCUGCCUCCACCACUCCGCUCAGCUCAGAGCUUGCAGCGGGCUCAACCGCCCAAGCGGGCUACAAACGCUCUAGGACUUACCCCUCAUGGCGAAAUGCAGUACUCGUCCUCGGAGAGUGAUAAUGACGAAGAGGAUGUCGACGAGGAAGCCAUGUUCGCAGAGGCCGGUGCCAGCCUCACUUUCGAGCACAAUGGCACAGUUUUGUCACUAAAGUCAGCUGCAGACCUUGCUGYGUGGAAGGAGGAGAGAGCGAGAAAUUAUCCCACGCGAACUCGCAUGGCCGCUAAGCUGGAGGAAAAGCGUCAAUUGGGAGUUGAGAGGAAGAGAUUAUUGUUCGAGGCGAGUAGAGCUCUUCGUAUAGCCAGGAGACCAGCUCCCAUUGUUCUGCCGGAAAACAAGCUCGAGAAGGCGAAGAAGGAAUUGGCUACUCAAACGGAAUCUCUCGCUGCUUUGAGAAAGAAAGUCGCCAAGAGCGAGGCGAAACUGGCACUCGCAAAAGCCAAUGCUGGCGACCUGCAAGCUGCGGAGGCUCAAGCCCAGGCGGAAGCAUUGGGAUUGCCUACCGCUGUUCCUGUUCCAGAGUCGGCGCCUGCUUGUCAAAACUCUUCAGACGUUCAAGAAAAUCCUGAGCAGCAGGAAAACGACGAAGAAGACGCCCUAAAAGCCGAUUCUGCUCAGUCUUCAAGCUCAGAAGAUUCCUCUAUUAUCAGUUCGGAUUCUUCGGACUCAGAUGWCGAUGGACCCCCAGAGGAAGUCAGCUCAAAGCAAUCAAACGACAUUCCAGCCACCAAGAAAAUCCUCUGUCGGGACUAUGUUGCCACCGGUCGAUGCCGAGAUGGCGAAUCCUGCCGAUUCAAGCAUGAGUUGCCCGAGCGAGGCACUGGAAGUGCUUACAGGGAGACUGCCCAGAAAGAGCAGCAGGAGAGGGAACAGCGACGCAAAGCCGAAAGUGAUGCACACGACGCGAAGCUUAUGGAGAGCAGAACGACCGAACGGAAGAGCAUAUUCCAGCGUCUGGUGGAGCAGGAGCAUGUUGGGGAGGAUCUACUAGCGCUGCGGGUUAUCAAAGCGCUGGGGAAGGCGAAGUUCUUUGCUCAGGCUGCAGUUGACGAGCCAGAUACAAAGAAGGCGAGCACAUCGUAA